GAGGAGUUUUUAAUGUUCAGUUUGUUCUAUGGAUCGAUGUAUGCUGGCAUCGCCUUACCCUGCCUGUGCCGUGUGUGAUAUAGUAUUUCACGCAAACGGUUCUUUCUGUCCUUUUUCUACAUUUCGCGCAUUAACUGAGACAGGUUUUUGACAGCGCUCGUCCUUUGGUUUUGGGGAAAAGAAACGGAAAGAAAAAGAAAACACUCCGCCAUAGAUCUAAGAAGGCGAGAGGUAAAAAAAAAAGAGACAGUCGUCCUGACACCUGAUUUGACAAGACAGCGUCUCUGAUACUGGAUUCUACGGAGGAGAGGCGAAGUAUAUUAAAAGCAAAAUACAGAGCCGUUCUUUCUGUAUGGACUAUAUCAGACCGCAUACACAUUUCACCUGGGCACAUUCUGCGUGAACUACGAGUUCAACAUGCCAAGGAGGAAACAGCAGGCGCCGAAGCGGGCUGCGGUGUAUGAGCCGGACGAAGACGUUGGUGUCCCUGAACCAGUGGCAGAGGAGGAGGGAGAGAACGACAUGGGGACGGAAGAAGACGGCUCAGAAAAGACCAGCCCCAAAAUUCCAGAGGACAAGGAAAUGGACAACAAAAGCAGCUACAGCUUCCAGAACUCUCCUGUCAGUGUCUUGUCCAACCAGGAGGUAGAGCUAGAGUCCCGUCUCAGCGAUGGCAGCGACAGACUAUCUGACUUCAAGACGUCCUCCCCACCAGAGAGCCAGAGGGACAACGAGAGCCACGGUUCAAAACCGAAAGAUGACAUGUACGGUAGUUUGGAGAAAAUGAGGGCUGCUUAUGCCAGCUUCCUGUCAGAGUCGUACUGGACAAACGUUGGACUAGACUUGAAGGUCGGUAACAGUGGCAGCAAGACGAAAUGCGACAGCACCAAUGGAAGCACCAAAGGCGAGUUUGACUGGCACCAGGACGCCCUGUCCAAGACCCUGCAGCAGACUCUGUCCCCAAAACCUGCGUCAAAGCCCAAUCUGUUCAGCUCGGUCCAUCUGUACAGACAGAGCAGCAAGGCGUGCGGUGCUGUCUUCACAGGGGCCAGUCGCUUCCGCUGCAAAGACUGUAGCGCGGCCUAUGACACCUUGGUAGAGCUGACGGUGCAUAUGAACAAGAGCGGCCACUACCAGGACGACAACCACAGCAAACAAGGAAUCGCCUCCACUUCGUCAUCAAAGAGUAGGAAAAGGAACCUGCAAGACAUGGAGGGCAAGGAAGAUGCCCAGAAAGUGCUGAAGUGCAUGUUCUGUGGCCAUUCAUUUGACUCUCUCCAAGACCUAAGUGUCCACAUGAUUAAAACGAAGCAUUACCAGAAAGUGCCUUUAAAAGAACCAAUUCCAGUAAUCACUCCAAAAUUAGUUCCACCAGUAAAGAAACGUGUGUUCGAAGCCACAAGGCCUUGUUCUCCUGACUCCACCACUGGCGCUACAGGCUAUAGUGAGGCUCAAAAGUCAGCUGGCCUUGCAAAUACUCCAAACAACCGAUAUGGCUAUCAAAAUGGUGCUAGCUACACAUGGCAGUUUGAAACGUGCAAAUCUCAGAUUCUGAAGUGCAUGGAAUGUGGAAGCUCACAUGAUACUCUUCAGCAGCUUACCACUCAUAUGAUGGUCACUGGUCACUUUAUCAAGGUGACAAAUUCAGCCUCCAAGAAGGGUAAACAGUUAACUCUAGAUCCUUUAGCCAUAGAGAAGAUGCAGGUGCUAGCAGAACCCACCACUAACGACUCUGAGGGAGACAAGGCCUCGCCAAAAAGCACUGCAUCUGGAGAAUCAGAAAAGGUUCUCCAGAAAGAAAAGAAACCUGACCAAACUGAAGAAGAGAGAGGCAAGAAUGAUCAGCAAGAUGGCACAGAUCAAAAGCCUACUGAUGCUGGCUUUAAGUAUCCAUAUCUACGAGAAGAGGACCUGGAGCAAGGAGCCAGUGGAGGAGGUGACAUACUGAAGUCUUUGGCUAAUACAGUGGCCACAGCGAUCAACAAGGCUCAAACAGGGACACCUAGCUGGAGUGCGUAUCCUAGCAUCCAUGCAGCUUACCAGCUCUCAGGCGUGAUCAAGAACGCUUCUUUAUCAGCAUCUCCUCCCAUCCAGAUUAAGCAAAGUCUCAACCACAAGCUAAGGCCCAUUGCCCCCAAGGGGAAGUUUUAUCAGGGACUUCGAGGACUCGAGAGUUUCCAGGGACAUCACAAUCCGGACAUUAAAAAGGAGAGGAGUAGUGCAUCGGAUGGCAAAGAGAGUCAGAGCAGUAAGUUUGAUCUGGCAGAGAAUGAUGACAGUGAUUGUCAGGACGAUUCCUCUUCCUCUUCAAAGCUGGAUGCAGACUGUGUAAGUGAAGGAAAUGACACGAUCAAAGAGAAGUUGAGCCCAGCUUUUUCUGACGGAGCCAACCCAUCACCAAGCCCUCCUGCCAGCAACGGGCACAGCAGCUCCUCAGAGAUUGUCAGUGAAUCCCAGGAAGUCCUUAGCAUAAACCCUCUAAGUGCACUACAGUCUGUACUAAACAAUCAUUUGGGGAAAGCAAAUAAGCCAAGACAAGAGAGGGAUCCACCUCAUCGCACCCAGUCCAUAUUUUCUGAGCUGAGCCAAGGUGUAGAGAAACCAGUCUCUGUUCUAACGUCCUCUGCUGUCAUCAGGGCCAGCAACUUCAUGUUCACAAAUAAUGACCAGCCAAUAGACUUGACAAAAAACAAACACAGAAAACUGAAUUCCUCUCUGUCAUUACAGUCCUCCACCCCGAUGCCGCAGAAACAUGCACUGUCUGACAUUGCUGACAUGGUAAAGGUUCUGCCCAAAGCCACGACACCAAAGCCCUCGAUGCCAUCGAGAGUGCCUGCAAUGAAACUGGAGUCAGAUGUGAGGCGUUUUGAAGACGUGUCCAGUGAGGUGUACUCAGUCCACAAGCGUAAAGGUAGGCAGUCGAACUGGAACCCUCAGCACCUGCUUAUCCUUCAAGCCCAGUUUGCUUCAAGUCUUUUUCAGACCUCUGAAGGCAAGUAUCUUCUCUCUGAUCUUGGUCCUCAGGAACGGAUGCACAUCUCCAAGUUUACUGGACUCUCUAUGACCACCAUUAGCCACUGGCUAGCCAACGUUAAAUACCAACUUAGGAAAACAGGUGGGACCAAAUUUUUGAAGAACAUGGACACUGGCCACCCAGUCUUCUACUGCAAUGACUGUGCGUCCCAGUUCAGAACGCCAUCCGCUUUCAUCUCACAUCUUGAAUCUCAUCUCGGUUUCCAGAUCAAAGACAUGAGCAAACUGCCAAUUGAACAUCAGACAAAAGUAACGGAGCCCGAACUGACAAAGGUUUUCAGUGUCAGACCGACAGAGGCCCUGGUGACCGAAGAAGACAUUGACUCAAAAUUCAAAUGCAAACUCUGCAGUCGGACAUUUGCCAGCAACCAUGCGGUUAAACUCCAUUUGAGUAAAACUCACAGCAAAUCCCCAGAGAAUCAUUCACAGUUUGUUGAAAUGGACAAAGAGUAGCUUGGUUAAUUUUUACUACCUGUAGUUUUGUUGUUGUUAAAUAACUGUAAUGCUCUGCUUUUACAAAACACGGGUCUUUUUUUCAUAAUGUUUCAAGUAGCAUUACGUAGUAUGCUUAUAAAUUUUAAAUGAAUCAAGUUUCAUUAUAUUAAAGAAGAAAAUGGUCACACUGGCUGAAUUAGAAGGAAGUGUAAGUAAAUACAUUUUUUAAAUAUGCUAAAAUUAAUACAUUGACAUAAGUCUUUGCACCCUGUUCAAAUGCAUCACCAGUAAUUAAAUGUAUUACUGCUUGAAACAUAAUUGCUGUUUGCAUGCAAUAGCUCUGGCUAUGACUACUAUUUAUUUGUAUGAUAUGGCAAGUUUUAAUUGUAUUACUUUUAACAACAAAUUGAUUGAUGCAUUAACUGUAAUUUUCAGCUCCAAUGACACACCUGAACGGACAUGCAAAUGUUCAGACAGGUAGCCAAACACAUCAAAACAUUUACCGAAAUGUACAGUACAUUGCUCUGUAAAAUGUUUGUGUUGCAAUGAUAGAACAGAAAAGCACUUUAAUAAAUGUUUAAUCAACAGUUUAGGCUCAGAUUCAGUGUGUGAGCUAACAGAUUUAGAUAGGUUUGACAUAAAAAUGUCUCACAUCAAUGUAUAUAUAGCAUUGCAGAAAAAAAAGUGUCUCAGAAGGAGCAUAGUGAGACAAAGAAAAUACUGCACCUUUUAUACCAGUACAAAUAAAACAUUAACAUUUUUUCUA